CCCGCCGCGGCCCGGGCCCCGGCGCCCCGCCGGCGGCAGGAAAGUGAAAGGGGCGGCGGGGCCGGCGGGGCCUCCGCGCGCCGCCCCAGGAAGUCGCCAGCAGGAAGCGCCCGCGGCGGCCGGCUCGGGCCGCGGCGCAGGUGAGGCGCGGGGACAGGGACAGGGCGGGGAGAGCGACGCGGGGACGCUCUGCACCCGCCGGGCCGCCGGCCUACCGGUCUCCGGGUUUGCGGCCGUGCAGCACCUGCCGCGGCGGCGCCGGCCCCUGCGUUCCGGCCGUCUCCCGCCCCGCCGGCCUUUGUGCUUGGCCUUGGCCUGAGCCGGGAGUCUCGACUCCUGCCUUGCCUCGGAAGAGACCGGAGCGGCCCGGGGAAUCCCGGGCAAGGGGAAUCGGGCGAGCCGAGCAGUCCCGCGGGCGCCCCUCCUCACCCUGCCCCGGUCGCGGUGACAGCGGGGGUCCGGGGACCCCGCGGGAGGAGCCCCGCGCAUUGGCCGCCGCGCCGGGGACGUGGGCGUGUCACCGAGUCCGCCUCUCCCGGGGACCCGCCGCCGGGGAGGAGCCGGCGCUGAAAGGCGUCGGGGAGGCUCGGGGAGCUGGCGCUCUGGGCCUCUGGGCUGUUUGUCUGCUGAGCAGCUGGUUCCCGGAGCCCGUGAGCCUCCCAGCCAACACAGUGACAGCGUCCUGUGGAUCGAUUGGAAAGCGCCCGACAGCCCCCCACCUGUCGACCUGCGGCCUUCGGGCUCUUUUUUGCCUCUCCCCGACCUUCUGGUGCUCCCCACCCUCCAGCCACGCAGCCGCUUCUGGCGACCCGGUGACUCCGAGGGACCGUCCGGAUUUGCAUUUGAACGGAGGACACUGGAAAGCCCUUUUUCCAGCCCCAGAGAGCCGAGCCUCUGCCUGAAGGAAGAGGGCAAGCAAGACCCAGCAGGACACCUCAAGGCACCUUCCGGUCGGCGGGAGCUGCAGGGGCCAGAGAGAAAUACUGGAGCCCGGGUUGAUAACCCACGCAUGAAGCCUCUUCUCUUGUGACCAGAGCCCCGUGGUCAGUGCGGCGUAAAUGGCUCCCCUGCCCCCAGGCAUUCGCUUCAUCGUCUCAUUCUCCCGGGAUCAGUGGUACAGAGCCUUCAUUUUUAUUUUGACAUUUUUGCUGUAUGCAAGCUUCCACUUAUCCCGAAAGCCUAUCAGCAUAGUUAAGGGCGAGCUGCACAGAUACUGCGCUACCCUGCACGAGGGGCAAGUCCAGUUCAACAGCUGGAACCAGAAAGCCAGUGGCGCGCCCCACCGCCAGUCAGCAGACAACGAGACGGACUGUAGCUGGGCCCCGUUUGACCAGGACAACUACCAGCAGCUGCUCGGGGCCCUGGAUUACUCGUUUCUAUGCGCCUAUGCCAUUGGCAUGUACCUGAGCGGCAUCAUAGGGGAGCGCCUGCCCAUUCGGUACUACCUCACGUUUGGGAUGCUGGCUAGUGGCGCUUUCACCGCCCUCUUCGGGUUAGGCUAUUUCUACAACAUCCACAGUUUGGGAUUCUACGUGGUAACUCAGAUCAUCAACGGACUGGUGCAGACCACCGGCUGGCCCAGCGUCGUCACCUGCCUCGGCAACUGGUUUGGGAAAGGAAGGCGGGGCUUGAUCAUGGGGGUCUGGAAUUCGCACACCUCCGUGGGCAACAUCUUGGGAUCCUUGAUUGCUGGCUACUGGGUGUCCACGUGCUGGGGCCUGUCCUUCAUCGUCCCCGGGGCCAUCGUGGCAGCCAUGGGCAUAGUGUGCUUUCUCUUUCUCAUCGAGCAUCCGAAGGACAUCGCCUGCUUCUCGUUCCUGGCGGCGCCGAAGGGCUGUGAGAACGGCACGCAUAGGUUCCGGCUGCAGAAGCAGAUCUUCACGGACGACAAGAACAAGCUCCCGGUGAGUCGGACCCGCCUCCGCUGCUUCGCAGAGGACCCCGAGUUGCAGUGCUUGCUGCCGUCCGACGGGAAGCACCCCGUUCAUCAGAGCCACGUCGUGGUCCUCCCAGCCGACGGCGGAGGCAACAUGGCCGCCAUCAGCUUCACCGGGGCCUUGAGGAUCCCGGGUGUGAUCGAGUUCUCUCUGUGCUUGCUGUUCGCGAAGUUGGUCAGCUAUACGUUCCUCUUCUGGCUUCCUCUGUACAUCACAAACGUGGAUCACCUGGACGCCCGACAAGCCGGGGAGCUCUCCACCCUGUUUGAUGUGGGCGGGAUCUUUGGUGGGAUCUUGGCAGGUGUGAUCUCAGACCGACUAGAGAAAAGGGCGUCCACCUGUGGCCUGAUGCUGCUGCUGGCGGCCCCGACGCUCUACACGUUCUCCACCAUCAGCAAAAUGGGCCUGGAAGCCACUGUCGCCAUGCUGCUCCUGAGUGGGGCCCUGGUCAGCGGGCCGUACGCCCUGAUCACGACCGCCGUCUCCGCCGACCUGGGCACACACAAAAGUCUCAAGGGAAACUCGCACGCCCUCGCCACUGUGACUGCCAUCAUCGACGGGACUGGCUCUGUAGGAGCGGCCCUGGGCCCUCUGCUGGCCGGGCUCCUGUCCCCGUCUGGGUGGAACAACGUGUUCUACAUGCUGAUGUUCGCGGACGCCUGCGCCUUACUGUUCCUGAUCCGCCUCAUUCACAAGGAGCUGAGCUGCCCGGGGUCUGCGGCUGGGGACCAAGUUCUGUUCAAGGAACACUGACCCCUCGAGUCCCCUGGAGGGAGGCUGGGCCUGUCCUUCACACACUGUCAAGGAAAA